CCCAGAAGAUUUCUCAGUGUCAUAACUUAACUUUUGUUAGUUUGAACCUUGCUCUCAUACAAUAAUGUGACAACCUGAAACAAUGUCGUCACGGGGAGCCCCGCGUGCUGGGGACAGUUCAUAGAGUCUAUCAGAAACUUCGGAAGGCUUGGCACUGAACAGGUAGCCUGUCGGUCGCAGCUAAUGGGUUUUUGGCAGCCAGUGAAACCGAAAAGUGAAAUGUGAAACCUGCCAGCCUGAAAGCGAACAAACAGGUUAGUGCUAAUACAAGCUGCGGCUACCAAACGACGUAAACAUUAAAGAGUCCAGAUAUCCACGAAUACGCCUAUCUAUACUUAGACUGUGCAGACCUUUAAGGGCAAUGAGGAAGAACUGCUGCAUCAUCAGCGCGGCACAUGAAGUGGAAGUGAGAAAAAGGUGGCUGAAUACCUCUGCUCAGUUAGAGGUCUGGUUGGAAAGCGAAGUUCCUCUGGACUUUUUUGUACUCGAGGCGAUGUGGGGAAAUUCGUCCCUGAGGUGUCUCACAUGUCACUCGCAUAAAGCUCGCUCACCAUCGCGAUGAUCGCCAUUAUGCCCGGAAAUUAAUGUCAAGAUGAAGUUAUUUAUUUUCAGCAUUGUCUGUGCGUUUCUACAAGUCAGUCAGCAAAAUCCCAAGAGCCACUGGACACUGCUGCCACACAUUUUGGUUGCGGAAGUGGAUGGCACUUUGGGCCAGCUGCCCCUGAGCUGCUGGGCGCAGGAAGAGGAGCUUAAAAGGAGAAGCAACAAUAGUCAGGACAUUUUUUGGAAGAAGAAUGGAGAGGAGGAAGCACAAAGAGGAAACUCAUUCUUAGUGAAGCUGGAAGAAAGCUUAGGAGGGGGCAACUACACCUGCCACAGCAAAGACGGAUCACUCCUCAAUCAUACUGUGGUCCUGAUCCAGGAGGAUGAAACAAAGAGGAGGAAGAUUCUUGUGAAAAAUGACGAAGGAGAUUAUCUGAGGUGCUCUGCUCAAAAUUUCAACGGAAAGUUCUCCUGCUCUUGGACCUGGCACAGCAGUCGAGUUGGCAAAGUAGCAUUCGUCAAAGCUCGACGCACUUCAGAUGACAGUGUCACCCACUGUUCUGUGGAUGCCAGUGGCAGGCACUGGACAUGCUCUGCAGGUCAGAGUAACUUGGUCUGUUCAGUGGACGACGUUGGAUUCAGGAUCUCGUGCGUGGACAAACAGCACUGUCCCUACGCCGAGGAGAGCCAGCAGAUCCACAUCACCAUCUACGUGAGGACUCAGCACUUCCUGGUGGAGAACUACUCUCUGCGCUUUUUCCUGUCAGAGAUAGUGAAACCUGACAAGGUGAGGAUCAGUAAAGUCAACACUACGAUGAUAGAGUGGAGUUACCCAAGCUCCUGGAGCAGUCCCUUCUCCUACUUCCCCCUCAGUUUCCAAAUUGCACUACUCAAAGGGCGAUGCACAAGAUGUGACAGUCCAUGCACAGACUCAAAAUCCACAAAGACCUUGACAGUCCACUCCCCAAACAUUUGUCAGUUUGAAGUCAAGCACAAUACUAGAGCCGUCUGUGUCCGAGCUCAGGAUGCCUUCUGCAACUCACAGUGGAGCGAGUGGAGCCACUUCAGAUUGAGAAGAGGCAAGAAGAACAAGAAGAACAAAAAGAACCAACGUCUGCAAAAUGGAGAAUGAGCCUAACGGGGGCAGAGACGAUGCCUCAAAAAAUGUCAUGUUUGUUACAUUCUUUUAUGUAUAUGUAUUAAUCUUAUAUCAUGGGGUGUGUAAUGAUAAGUGAAGAAAUAAAAUGAAAUUUAACAGUCUUUCUUGGUUCAUGGCUAAUGUUGGACAUCAAUGCUGGCCUUUCGUUUGUUUCACAGGUACAAUGAACAGCUUCUCCUUGUCCCAAUCACAAUUUAAAGAAGUAUUAAAAAACCUGAA